UUGUACAACUAUCAGCCAGCCAGAGAUGGGCUCUGUGUAACAGAAAGAGGGUUGCCGCGUCCCAGUAAGGGAAUAAUGGUGCCUAUUGGAGAUGGUGGUUCAGAGCGAGAUAUCUCGGUUGAAGAUGCAGAAUGUUGUAUAUGUCUGUCAGCCUAUGAGGAUGGUGUUGAGCUGCGAGGCCUUCCAUGCCUACACCACUUCCACUCUGCCUGCAUUGACAAAUGGCUGCGGGCGAAAGCCACAUGUCCACUGUGCAAGUACAACAUUGCGCGGAAUGGCAACACUGCGGAGGAACCGUAAGAGAAAAGGAAGUGCAAGGGAAUGGAGCGGUUUUUAAAAUGCCAGGACAAGGGUGCAGCAGAGGGGCAUGUGAGCAGCAGGGGGGCUGAUGAGUGGUAGGGAUUGCUCUGGAAACCUGGUAAUUUUCAUCAGCUGGGAUUCAUUUAAAAUAUCCAUAUGUCUAUUGUUGAAAGCUAAGAACUCAGCAUAAUGAGUGAGAGAAAGGUGUCUUCAACCAUGCAUGGAGGCUGUGGGGUACGCUGAAGUUCAUUGCUGCAUGGAAAUGGGAUGUGAACCAUGUGAUAUCAUUCCCUGAAUGUCAGUGUAUUAAGUUUUGGUUAGGUCUGCAGAGGAAUUUUGUGUUCCAGGUUUCUUAUGCAAUGCGAAUAUCAAUGCAAAUGUGAGCCCAGGCUGAGGGGAUGCAACAGUGGUUGAGAAGUGUGCUGCAGGGAUGGUGAGAAGGGGGGGCUGAACAGGAGGGUGUAGGAUGGUCAUGAGUUGAGAUGUGCGCUUUUGACCGGCUCAAAAUGCAACCAUGGGCAACUAUCUGGAGGGGGAAAGUGCCAUAAAGAGUAAGUGGGAUGAGCAAACAUGCCAGAGUGAGUGGGUGAGUGCGCACAGCUGUGUCCCUCUCUUACUAAUUGGCAACUUGUGAUCCUCAGUAUCAGGUCCUGGGAGGAAAGUGCUGCCUUCAGCAGUGGGAAGGGGCAAGGUCGGAGGCAAGUGCAGAUUUCAAAGGUGGUUGUGAGGCAACUGGCUCCUCAAAAGAGUGCUACGGGAAACAGAGUGGACGGAAUGAGCGGACAUGCCAGAGUUGGUGAGUGUUGGUAGCUGUGUCUCUCUCUCUCUCAUUUUGGUGAGUGUUGGUAGCUGUCUCUCUCUCAUAAGUGGCACCGCAUGAGGAAGGUGAUGAUUUCAGGAUAAGGAAAAGAUGGGAGGAAGAGGGAAAGUGCUGACUUCAGGAAGUGGGUUCAAAGUAAGUAAGGGGACCGUGAACUGCUGAUUUCAGGAGCGGGGUGGUAAGAAGGAAUUCAGGUCUUAGUCUAUGGAGGUUGCAUGAAUAUGACACAUGGACUAGAUGGAUCGCAUGGGGGAUUCCAAGGCAUCGUGCUGGAGCAGAGGGGAAAGGAUUGAAUAACAAGAGGCUGGGGAAAAGCAGGAAUGAGGUGAAGAGAUAGAGAUAGAGGGGAGAGGUGGCCGAUGUUUGUAAUCAAGAUGUGAGGUUAUGAUGAUGGUCUGUUGACAUGGGCGCACAUAUAGUUUUCCUUGUAAGGCUUUGGUAGCUGUGCUGAACUCCCCAGGAAAGCAGUGCAGCCUACUGGCGGAUAUUCAUGUACUGAAUCCACAAUGAAAGCAACUUGUCGGCUAGCAGAUGCGCACUACUUUUGCUCACAUAUUAGGUGCACAAAGAUAUCUUGCUCUCACCGCUGUGCAAAUGGCAAGGAUUGUUUGUCAAAGAGUGUUUCCAUGAGACUAUCGAUUCGAGGCCAUGCUGCCCAGAUCAGUUGUGUGUCUGCAUACUAUGCGGAUUAUGAGACACACAGAAUUCCAAAGUAGACCAGUAUGCAAUCAUUGUUUGCCUUAGCUAUUGAAUUGUGUGCCCUUAAAGAUAUUUGUUACUCUGUCAAAAGACG